CGAAUUUUAGUUAAUACAAUUGUACUAAAAUGAUUUAAGAAUAACCAAUUUUAGUUAUUGCAAUUUAACCGAACGUUAAGUACUAAAAAAGCCCCAAAACCCUUCUACUACUGACGAAAAACACGGAGGCAAGUUGAUGGAAUCAGGAGAGCAAGCAGAGAACAACCCAGGACCGAUGGCAGAUUCAAGGGUAAGAAGGCGGCCGAACAUUUUAAUUACAGGAACGCCUGGGACAGGGAAGACAACGACCUGUUCUCUGUUAGCAGAUGACCCUUCUGUGAAUCUCCGUCACAUCAACGUGGGUGACCUUGUCAAGCAGAAGAACCUCCACGACGGCUGGGAUGAUGAGUAUGAAUGUUACAUUCUCAAUGAAGACCUGGUAAAUGAUGAACUUGAAAACUUGAUGGAAGAGGGAGGAAACAUUGUUGAUUAUCAUAGUUGUGAUUUUUUCCCGCAACGGUGGUUUGAUUUUGUGGUGGUUUUGCAAACAGACAACUCUAUUCUAUAUGAUCGUCUGAUUAGUAGAGGUUAUAUGGGGCAAAAGCUCCAGAAUAAUAUUGAAUGUGAAAUUUUUCAAGUAUUACUUGAAGAAGCACGUGAGAGCUAUGCUGAGAACAUCAUCAUGGCUGUCCAGAGUGAUACUAUUGACGAUAUCAGCAGGAAUGUAAAUAUGUUGAAAGAGUGGGUUAGAAAUUGGAGGCCAAGAAACCAAUAAGCAUUUUGGACGUGGUCUCCCGAGUCACUGUAAUACAUUAAAUUUUCUAGAGUGCACAUUCUGCGAUUUUCUUGGACUGAAUAUUGGAGGGGUAUUACAUUACGCUAAAUUUUGGUUACAUGAUCUUGUUGCUUUUGGUCACUGGGGAGUUUUUUUUGAAAUUGUGUUUUGAUAUCAAAAGAUACAGCUGGGUGAGCUGGGUGAAAAAUUAGUAUGGAAAAUGAUUCUCUGAAAAUACAGUUGUGUGUCCUAAGAUCUGGAAUGUACACUAUUUUGGUAGGAUGCUUGCAGUGAUAUUUCUUGUGAGCAUAGGAGUAUACAUUAUUUUAGUAGGGUGCUCACAUCGACAUUUUUAAUCAGCUAGCUUUCAGUGAGUUUCAAUGUCUAGCCAUACCAGAUAAGCAUAACUAAUAUGCUGGCCAUUCAAAUAAACACAAUCAAUCUGCAUGGUUUGUACAAGACAUUAUUAAUUUGCUAUUAUUAUAAAAUGUAUUUGUCAGCAAA